AUGCUAAGGAUAGUCUGUCUCAUUUCACUAUUCAUGGUAUCAGAUGGGGUUAGUAAAGAAGAUUUCCGGAUAGACUUCGAGUACCCUAAAGAAAAACCCGAGGCAUGCAUCGAUUCAUUGAAAGAUGAGGACCCGUCAGACUUUCACUACACUUCCACCAACCCAUUAGGUCCCGUCGUUGAAUGUCAUCUGCUUGAUCCCUCAUUCAUUCUCUGUGAAGAUCCAGUUCCUCUGUACGGACCAGGACAAACAGGACAACAACCAUCAAACGACAGUUAUCACAAUGAGGGAAAGUGUCUAAGAAUGGGUGGAUAUCGAGCAGAACACAUCGAAUUCACCAAUGUGAAGUGUCGUGUGUUACCAUGUAUUGAGUGUCGAGGAUCAAGAUCUUUCUCCAAAUUAACCCCUUGUAUAAUAUAUACUGGCCACUAUUUCCUGACCACACUCCUCUAUUCCAUUUUCCUUGGAGUCGUCGCUGUUGAUCGGUUCUGCCUAGGAUAUUCAGCAAUGGCAGUUGGAAAACUGAUGACGUUAGGAGGAUUCGGAAUCUGGUGGAUAGUCGAUAUUUUUCUCCUAGUACUCGGCGUACUAGGACCAGCUGAUGACUCAAACUGGGAGCCAUAUUACUAA